AGCGCCGAGCGGCCGGGACGUGGCUGCGUAGGACCGCCGUGACGUAGCCGCCCGCGCCGGCCCGUCGCAGCCUCGCCAGCCGUUUAGGCGCUCGGCUCGCCAGGAUGGCUGAGGAACUCUCUCCGGGAAAGUCGGCGGACCAGGUGUGCACCUUCCUCUUCAGAAAGCCAGCGCGGAAAGGGAGCGCGGGCCGCCGGAAGCGCCCGCCGAGCGGCCGGGACCCGGGGGAGAGCGGAAGCAGUAGCGACGAAGGCAGCACGGUGGUCCGGCCCGAGAAGAGGCGGGCGGCCCACAACCCCAUGAUCCAGAAGACCCGCGGCGGCGGUAGACCGAAGGCGGCCUACAGCGACCUGAGCAGCGAGGAGGAGGGCGAGGGGCUGGGCGUGGUCUACAAGUCCACGCGCUCGGCCAAGCCCGUGGGGCCCGAGGACAUGGGGGCGACCGCCGUCUACGAGCUGGACACGGAGAAGGAGCGAGACGCACAAGCCAUCUUUGAGCGCAGCCAGAAGAUCCAGGAGGAGCUGCGGGGCAAGGAGGACGACAAAAUCUACCGGGGAAUCAAUAAUUACCAGAAAUACAUGAAGCCCAAGGACACCUCGAUGGGCAAUGCCUCCUCCGGGAUGGUGAGGAAGGGCCCCAUCCGAGCGCCCGAGCAUCUCCGUGCCACCGUGCGCUGGGAUUACCAGCCCGACAUCUGCAAGGACUAUAAGGAGACCGGCUUCUGCGGCUUCGGAGACAGCUGCAAAUUCCUCCACGACCGUUCGGAUUACAAGCACGGGUGGCAGAUCGAACGUGAGCUGGAUGAGGGUCGCUAUGGUGUCUAUGAGGACGAGAACUAUGAAGUAGAAAGCGACGAUGAGGAAAUCCCUUUCAAAUGCUUCAUCUGUCGCCAAACCUUCCAAAACCCAGUUGUCACCAAGUGUAAGCAUUAUUUCUGUGAGAGGUGUGCACUGCAGCAUUACCGCACCACUCCACGCUGCUAUGUCUGUGACCAGCAGACCCACGGGGUCUUCAAUCCUGCCAAAGACUUGAUUGCUAAACUGGAGAAGCACCGAACUGCAACUGAAGGUGGUGCUUCCACUAUCCCUGAAGACUCCGAUGGGGUCUAAGUACCAUUUCUUAGGUUAAUCCUAGUUGUCGAAUCUCAGUAUGUUUUUUGUUUUGGUCACCUUGGGGAAAAAGAGAAGCUACCACCACCACCACAGCAACCAUAAUUGCACUAUCAAGUUGUCCAGAAGGAAUAUCUAAUUUUGUUUUACAUGAGAAAACUACCAAUUGAAUCCAUACAGUUACCUUUUCAGGAACUUUCCAAGUAGCCAUCCUAUGUACAGGUACACAUUCUGAAUCAAAAUAAAGAAGUAGAUCAUA